CCUGCAGUCACAAACAAAACAAGAGGUCAAAGAGCACCGGCGGACUAUGAAACAUAAGGACUCGAACCUCACUUUCACUUUCCAUACUUAAUCUUGAUGUUAUUCCAGUUACAACAACACAGUUUUAAAGAGUGCAAGGGAUGUGGUCAACAUAGAGUGAGCUCACCUGGGGACAAGUGAACUUGUGGCAACACGACUCAGUACAAGGCACAGACUACAUGGAAGUUGUGUGUCAAGCGAGCGGAAUACGCGUACGCGCUCAUGCGUAACCGAGUGGCGUCAAGCUGAUUCGGUGGACUCACCCACUGUCCGCAGCCUCUGUUCGCGAUACAGCCAUGGUGGGACACUUCCUCGAUUCCCGGUAUCUACACCGGUACCCCUGCUACUGCGGUCUCAUAUGUUGUCAACAAGAUAAAUGGUAUUUUCGCAGUCACCUCGCCGACAAGCGGUCCGCUGCGAAGUGUGAUCUCCACCCUUCCAACAGGCAUUCAGAAAACAAAUCAAGCGCACACUGCCACUGCCUCGCCAGUCAUUGCGGAAGUUGCUUCAACGAAACAAGUCUCAGUUUUAAAGACGAUCGGGAGCUUCCAUGAGAGUAGAUGAUGCCGCAGGAGUUCAGUGGCACAUUCACCCCCCUGGUGGUGCUGGAGCUGGCUCCGGACGUGAAGGAGGAGGCCGUUACAUGGCUACUUCGUAGGAUACGAGACUCUCAACAAAAUGGAGGUGCUGAGCUGCUAAUCGAGCAACUGAGUUUGGGAUUUGAUGCUGAUAAGAAGGAAAACCCAAACCUGUUUGUGGUGGGGGCGUCUUGGAGUCGGCUUCUUUCUGGGGCUGAGGAAGCAGGUCUCUUCAAGGAAUUCAAUGACGGAUCUAUGAGGGGCUUCACAUGCGCAAACAAGAACAACUUCAAAAACUUUCAUGGAGAGGGCGACGGCUUCCUCAGCAUGGCUGAGUGUCAGUACAUCAUUAAACAUGAGCUGGACACUUUAAGAGCCAAAGAUGAGACUCACGUUCCAGGUCAUGUGGAGGCGAAACUCUACCCGGGGAAAUCUAUCGUUCGCAGAUUGCAAUCCAAAGGUCUGCUGAUCCAAAUCUUCCCACUGCAUGAAAAAGAAGAACUUAAAAGGCUUUGUUUCUCCUGGUACAAAAAAGUGCGCUUCUCCUUCCAGCCUCUUGAUAGCAUCAGACACUAUUUUGGCGAGAGUCAGGCCCUGUACUUCGGUUUUUUGGAGUACUUCACGUUGGCCUUGAUGCCUAUGGCUCUCAUUGGUGUGCCUUACUAUCUGUUUGACUGGGAGGAUUACGACAAAUAUGUGGUCUUUGCUGUUUUUAACCUCAUCUGGUGCACGGUUAUUCUGGAGCUAUGGAAGCGUUCGUGUGCCUCGCUGGCUUACAGCUGGGGAACACUGUGCAGAAAAAAGGCCUUUGAAGAACCACGUCCUGGAUUCCAUGGCGUCCUUGGGUUUAACCCUGUGACUGGACGUGAGGAGCCACAGUACCCCAACGCCAAGAGGCAACUCCGCAUCUACCUGGUGUCUCUGCCCUUCGUCCUGAUCUGCCUUUACCUUUCCCUCUUUGUUAUGAUGGUCUACUUCCGAAUGGAGGGUUUCGUUCUGAUGAUUCAUGACCAGGAGCCCACCUUCUGGACGGGAAUCCUGGUUUUCAUCCCCAGUAUUAUCUAUGCAGUGGUCAUUGAGGUCAUGAACCUAAUCUAUAGAUAUGCUGCUGAGUUCCUGACGGAGUGGGAGAAUCACAGGCUGGAAUCAUCAUAUCAGAACCAUUUGAUCCUCAAAGUUCUUGUCUUCAACUUCUUCAACUGUUUUGCUUCGCUGUUCUACAUUGCCUUUUUAAUGCAAGACAUGGCGUUGUUGCGGCAGAGUCUGGCCACGCUGCUGAUCACCAGUCAGAUCUUGAACCAGUUUAUGGAGGCUUUCUUGCCCUACUGGCUCCAGAGGAGGCGAAACAAGAAGAUGAUCCACAAAGUCAAAAAGAAGAGAACCAUGACGGACAAUGAGUUAACUCUGGCAGAGCAGGUCCGUCUGGAGGCUGAUAUGAGCACGUACUUGGGAACAUUCGACGACUACCUGGAACUGUUCCUGCUGUUCGGCUACGUCAGCCUCUUUUCCUGCGUCUACCCUCUGGCUGCUGUGUUGGUGGUGUUGAACAACAUCACAGAGGUUUACUCCGACGCCUUCAAGAUGUGUCGGGUGUUCAAACGACCCUUCUCUGAGCCCGCUGCCAACAUUGGAGUCUGGCAGCUGGCCUUCGAAACCAUGAGUGUUAUCGCUGUGGUGACCAACUGUGCACUCAUCGGCAUGUCCCCACAAGUCAAGGCUUACUUCACAGACUCGGAAAUGCAGCUCAUCCUCUGGACAGUGGCGAUUGAGCACGGACUUCUGGCCUUCAAAUUCAUCCUGACCUUCCUCAUCCCAGAUGUUCCCAAACACAUCCAGAUCAAACUCUCCCGUCUUGAGUUCGAGUCCUUGGAGGCCUUGAAGAAAAAGAAAAUGCUUGAAGCUUCGGAAAGCAGGUAGAUCAUCCAGCGAGGAGAAAAGAGGUGGCUUCAUCUGCUGACCCGAUGAAAAGCUUUAACGUGUCACCCACCCUGCGCAGGCACUUUCCUUGGUGGCUUGUUUCUUGAAUGCUGGACUUCAUGGCACUCUGUAGCAAAACUUGUGACACUUUGGUCAUGCUGGCUUCAACUUGUACUGUAGUUUGGGCACGAGCAGCAAAGCAGUGAUGACCUUCACCCCGGAGGUCACACCAACGAUCAGCACGUACCCACCUGUAUACUACCACUGUAUAUUCCCUGCUCUGGGAUUGAGAACAAAUGUUAGUGGCCAUUCUGUAUUCAGAGGCUUUUACACGUUAUUGGCUGCAGACGUUGAGAGGAAGUGAUGCAGCAGGAGUGGAGCGAUGGGACUGACCAAACGGGCCGUCCCACUGUGUUGAUCUGGAAAACCAAGUCUUUUUCUUCAAAAGUGACGACAUUAAGCAUUUUGUGCUGAAUCAUUGUUUUUAUUUUGGCAGUGACUGGACCAUCUACUGUUUCUACCUUCAGUUAAGGUCCGUGGACAAGUUAAAACAGUAGAACCAAAGGGCCUAUUAUCAAUAACAAAUUUGCUGAGUUGAAUUGCAGGAACCUGAGGGAGAAAAGUGUCUUAUCUGUUGACUAUUAGGUGAGAGAAAUAAAUGCCAGGGUCAAAAAAUACUCAUCUGUGGAUGUCUCUGUGUCAUUUUUCAUCCUUGCCUCUGCAUUUAGACUGAGACGCCUCCGUCCCUGUUCAACAUUCAGCAUAUGUAUGUGUGAGUUAAUGAUCAGUGCUGAAAUCGGUCUGACAAAAGCUGGUGUCUCAUACUGCAGAACUGCUGU